ACGGCGAUGGCCGCGAGGCGGCGGCUGAGGCUCGCGACUAUUCUACUGGUGGCCUCGCGAGCGGCUGCGCUGGCGACGCCGGCCACGCGAUCGCUCUCGCCGCCCGCUCACCGCUUUGCGCCGCCGCCGCUCCGCACCGCGGGUCCGCUUUUGUGCAGCGGCGCAGGCGGCGUCAGCAGCAAAGGCGACGCUGCAGAGCAUCCACCAGACUGGGGUGGGCGGCCGCGGGGACUGGGGCCACGCGGGUGGCCCAGCAGAGCGGCUGCAGUCCGAGCGGCACGGCUUCGCCGCCGCUGGCUACUGCAGCUCGAGCGGGCGGGCGGGUGGCUUAGCGCGAUGGCGGCGGCGGCCUCCCGCAGCGCGGCGAGUGCACGUGUGGCGCUCGUGGCGGUGCUGCUGAUGGCGUGCACGAGUCGCGGCCCGCUCGCGGACCGGCUGGCCGAGCCGGCGGGCGGGGGAGCUCCACCCUCCACCAUGCAGCGGCUCGUUCAAUCUCGCGGCGCCGAGGAGCGGGUGAGGGUUCGCUUCGGCGGCGGCGGCGGCCGCACCUCUGCCGCCGCCACCGCUCUUGCGAGGACGGCGGAAGCGCCGAGCGGCUUGGUGGGGCGCAGCGCCAGCGCGGUGGCGCAGACGUGGCGGGAGGUGCGCGAGCACGCCUCGCCGGCAGAGCGGGAUACGAUGGUGCUCCUCGCAACCGCCGCGCUGGUGACGCCGAUCAUGGGCACCCUCAACCUCUCGCCCGUCCUCGGCUUCCUCUUCGCCGGCAUCCUCCUCGGCCCGACCGGCCUCGGCGUUGUGUCGGAUGUCGCCACCACGACCAAGCUCGCGGAGUUCGGCGUCGUCUUCUUCCUCUUCGAGAUGGGGCUGGAGCUCGAGUUGGAGAGGCUAAAGUCGGUGGGGCGCGACGCCUUUCGGCUCGGGGGCGCACAGUUCGCGCUCACCUCUCUGGUCUUCGGCGCCGUCGCCACCGCGUUCGGCGCCUCGGGGCCGGCGGCCGUCGUCUUGGGCGGCGGCCUCGCGCUCUCCUCCUCGGCCUUCGUGAUCCAGCUGCUGUCGGAGAAGGGGGAGCUCGCCACCCGCUUCGGCCGCGCCUCCUUCGGCAUCUUGCUCUUCCAGGACAGCGCCGACAUCGCCGUCGUCCCCCUCCUCGUCGUCACGCCGCUUCUCGGUGGCUCAUCCGGCGCAGCCCUCGGCGCCGCCCUUCGCGUCGCCGCUAUCAAGAGCGCCUCGGCCCUCGCAAUCAUCUUUGUCACCGGGCGGCUGCUGCUCCAGCGCGUUUUUCAGCUCGUCGCGUCGGCGCGCGACCAGACCGCCUUCUUGCCGCCGUCACCGUCAGCGUUCAUCGCGCGCGACCAGACCGCCUUCCUCGCAAUCACGCUGCUGACGGUGCUCUCGAUGUCAGCCUUCACGCAAGCGCUGGGCCUGUCCGACACCCUCGGCGCCGUCCUUGCCGGCGAACCGCCGCGCCUCUCGCUGCUGGUCUGCUGCUUAGGCCUCUUCUUCGUGACCACCGGCUUCUCCAUCGACUUGCCCCCCCCACUGACCAGCUCGCUGCUGAUCUGCUGCUUAGGCCUCUUCUUCGUGACCACCGGCUUCUCCAUCGACCUGCCCCCCCCACUGACCAGCUCGCUGCUGACCUGCUGCUUAGGCCUCUUCUUCGUGACCACCGGCUUCUCCAUCGACCUGCCCCCCCCACUGACCAGCUCGCUGCUGACCUGCUGCUUAGGCCUCUUCUUCGUGACCACCGGCUUCUCCAUCGACCUGCCCCCCCCACUGACCAGCUCGCUGCUGACCUGCUGCUUAGGCCUCUUCUUCGUGACCACCGGCUUCUCCAUCGACCUGCCCCCCCCACUGACCAGCUCGCUGCUGGUCUGCUGCUUAGGCCUCUUCUUCGUGACCACCGGCUUCUCCAUCGACCUGCCCCCCCCACUGACCAGCUCGCUGCUGGUCUGCUGCUUAGGCCUCUUCUUCGUGACCACCGGCUUCUCCAUCGACUUGCCCCCCCCACUGACCAGCUCGCUGCUGGCCUGCUGCUUAGGCCUCUUCUUCGUGACCACCGGCUUCUCCAUCGACCUGCCCCUCGCCCUCGCCUCCGCGCCCGCUGUCGUAGGACUCGCGCUCGCCCUGCACCUCUCCAAGACGGCGAUCGUCGCCGCUAUCUGCACCGCCAACCAGAUGAAGCCCGCCGCCGCGCUUCGCUCGGGCACUGCUCGCCUGCUGCUCUCGCAGGGCGGCGAAUUCGCGUUCGUCAUCUUUGGCCUGGCGCAGACGCACGGCAUCCUCCCUGUUGGGCAGGCGCGCGGCGGGCUCGUGCUGCAGCCCGACUCCGAAGACAUCGACAAGGGGGAGUACGUGCUCGUGUGCGGCUUCGGGCGCGUCGGGCAGGCAGUGUGCGAGCUGCUCACCGCAAGGCUCGUGCGCUACAAGGCCUUCGACAUGGACCCGUACCGCGUCGCAGAGGCGCGCGGAGAAGAGGAGUAG